AUGCUAGCUGUAAAUGAUAACUGGCGCAGUCCAGAGGCAUACUUCAGAGGCGAACUUAACAAACCUACAGACCUUUUCUCACUUGGUGCUAUGUGCAUCUAUGCGGUUCUCGGUCGCGUGGUAUUUGGACCUGACGAAGAUUUUAGAAUGCACGAAUCGAUGGGUACAUUGCCUGCUUUUAUCCGCCUCCAGCGUCAAGUUUCGUAUUUUGUUGAUAAAGUAGGCAUUGAUGAUCUAUUGAAGCAUAUCUCCGGUGAUCAGAUUGACUCUGAGAUCUUGCUGAUGCUCUGGGAAGAUAGAAAUGAGGAGAACAUCCCGUACAUCCCAUUCUCUGAGUGGCCAGAUGUUUGCGAUGUCGCGUUCAAACAUCUCAUUCGGGGGUUGACCUGCCUAGAUCCCACCAGACAAAUCACAGCACACCAGAUGUUACAGAAUGAAUGGUUUGCAGGUAUUAAGUGA